AUGGCGGCCGGGCUCCAGAGUGGGUGGGCCGCUUUCAGAAGGGCGGCUAGGCCGCUCACGUGGGGGCAAGACAUGGAAGUCCCGGAGAUUAUGUUGAAGCCCACGCGCCGCAUGUCCUCGGUCAGGCCCGUGGGGCCCAUUAGGCCCGACCAUCCAGCGAGGAUGUUUACGCCGGGGGCUAUUAGAUCUGGUUUUAGGAUCUCGGGAGUGAUGGAGUUGGGGCCUCGGGAGCUGAAGGCUGCGACGACGGGGGACGGUUGGAUUCCGACCUUGGUGCCCUCGAAAGAGAUCGUGGCCGUCGGAUUGGGAUCUGACGAGAGAUAUUCUUUGAUGAAAUUGCCGGAAGUCUCGCCGACGGCCGUGGCGGGAAUCAAGUGGGCGUCGGCGACGAGUUCCUCGCCGUUGGCGGCGGUGUUGGCGAGGACCAUCCCGGCGCCUCCGGCGGAUUUGACGACUGCGCCCUUCUGGACUCUGGGGGUCGAGGGUUCCGGUCAUGCAGAGGUUGCCGUUCGUGGCGUUGGAGGCGUUCCCGGCGUAGAUGAAGGGGAGGAGCUUGCCGGGGAGUGGGGAGACGCCGGAGAAGUUCUUACCGUUCCCGAGGGUGACGUAGGCCGGGAAGUCGCGGUCGAGGGUGCCGGCGCCGACGGUGGUUAUCCACGGCGCCACGUUGGAGAGGCUGUACGGGCCGGGCCCGGCGUUGCCGGCCGAGCAGGAGACGAAGAUGCCCCUCUCGACGGCGGCGAAGGCGCCGAUGGCCACGCUGUCCCUGGAGAGGGACAGCACGUGGACGCCGUCGGUCACGGACCGGUCCAAAGCCGCCAGGAUGUCCGAGCUGAAGCAGCCGCCGGCCCAGCAGACUUUGUAAACCGCCAACCGGGCCCGGGAGGCCAUCCCGCGGGCCGUCCCUGCGGCGAACCCGAACAGGCUGGCGUUAGUUACGACAGAUCCGGCGGCCGUCGUGGAGGUGUGGGUCCCGUGGCCGUCGCCGUCGAGCGGCGAUUUGGACUCCUUGGACUCGUCGAUGGGGCCCAGCGUGGCCUCAUAGCCUCUCGCGAAAUAUCGGGCUCCGAUCAGCUUCCGGUUGCAGCUCGAUUUCGAGAAGUUGGUUCCCGUCUCGCAGUCGCCCCUCCAGGAGGUCGGGACCGGCCCGAAGCCCGUAUCGUCGAGGCUCGGGCUUUCGGGCCAGAUCCCGGUGUCGAGGACGCCGACGAUGACCUCGCCGGCAGAUUCGGACUCCGGGAAGACGGCGGCGUUCUGGUCCAGGCCCAUGAAGGAAGGGGUCCGGGUGGUGUGGAGCUCGUACCUCAUCUCCGGGAGGACGGAGAGGAUGCCGGGCCGGGCCUCCAUAGCUCGGGCCUCCUCCGGUGUGAACCUGGCGGAGAAGCCGUGGAUCACGUUGGUGUAGGCGUAGAUCAUCUGGGCCGAACCGGAGACCGACUGGAGAGACGAGUCGUACCAGUCGAUGUGGUCGUCGAAGGCCGCCGGCAUCUCGGAUUUAGCCAUGUGAAUUAUGUAAGUUUUCUUCUCCGCCGUGGAAAUAUGUGA